CCUAUGGCCACGAAAGAGUAUGUGCGAGUGUUGUACAAAUUGUCGGUCAGCCAGAGACUGGACAUAGUGGAGCGUAUCGAUCGGUUCGGGGCAAGUGUGAAGGAUGUCGCGAAAAAAUACCGCGUACCGGUGCGCGCGAUCAGGGAAGUGUAUGCGAAUAAGGACAAGUAUAGCGGCCGAAGCCAUCGCAGGAAAACUAUCUCCGAUGCAACGAUUCGUGUGAACAGACAACGGCUGGAACAUGCCAUGCGCCUUUCCGUUCAACUGGCCCAGGACAACAACGUUCCCCUUACGACUCCGUGGCUGAAAUGUAAAGCACACCAGUUUGCCAAGUUGUUUAAAGUUCCCCAUUUCAAGCCCAGUAGUGGAUGGUAUCAAAAAUUCCGGAAACAACCCAAAAUUGCACCAGCACCAGCUGCGAAGAGUGAACCGCCGAAAAAGUCAAAGUGUGAUCCGGUGAAGCUGCUUGGCCAGUAUCGAACGAAAAAUACGUUUUUCUUGGUUCCUUUUGGUUUGUUUUACAAAUGCACACCGGAUGCGGUAUCCAGGUACAGUCGGAAAUCGUGCCCAAACGGGGGUCUGGCUGACCAGCGAGUAACCGUCCUGUGUACCGUCAAUAUGGACGGAUCGGAGAAGCUUCCUAUGAUGGUGAUCGGGAACCAAAAAACGCCCAGCUGCUUCAGUGAUAUCAAAUCCCUCCCCAUGCUCUAUCGGUAUAACCUUUGCUCCUGGUUGUGCUGGACAGUGCUGCGGGGAUACAUUGAGCAGCUGGACAAAAUAUUCCAGAAGGCGAACCGGAACGCCCUGCUCGUGAUUGAGGACAAUCCAGCGUUCGUAAAUCGCGAGAACGAUAUUCGAUUGAAAGCUGUUAAACUACUGUUCUUAAAACCGGAUUCCUGCUUCGGCAAUCUUCAGUUUAGUUUCAUCCAACGAUUGAAGCAACAUUAUCGCGAAAAGCUGUUAAACCAAAACCUACAAUCUAUGGAAGACGACAAGGCGUUCAACUGGAAGGUGUCUAUAUUAGAUGCCGUUAACAUCCUAGCCCGCGUCUGGUCUUGCGCCAUUUCUCCCGCAGCAAUCAGAGACAGCUUUCAAGAGGCAGGAUUUAGUAAAUACCAAAAGGAUCCAUGCAAUGAUAAGGUACGAUCGGCAGAUCACAUCGCGAUAGCACCGGAGUUACUGGCCUCCGAUUGGUUCGAUGGUUACUGUAAAGUGGAUAAGAAUCUGUUGUGUACCGGGAUGCAUGGUGAUCGAGCUAUUCGAGAUAUGGUCAAUAAGCCACAAAACCCAUCUGUAGUCCCUGUACAACCACGACACACUCAACCUCGUUUAGUGCCCAAUGCUAGCCUUCAAGCUGCGUUGGCCGAUAUCCAGAGUGUGUUAAACAGUGCAGAGGCUGUUACCAAAGAUAUUCUCGGUAACUUUCAAACCAUUCAGAAGCUUUUCGAAAGUAUGCAAUCCUGAGAACAAAGGCUUUUCAAGAUUAAUAACUAUUCUUUGAAAAUAAAUUUGCUCAAAUAUGGCACAUCGUUGGCACAAGCUAUUUGAAA